AUGCCCGAGGCUGCGACUGGCCGCCCAACUCUUUUAUUGCAACAAUCGGGUCCUGUGUUGGCAGCAAAUUCUGUGGGGACGGUUCUUGCCGGAGUCGAAGAGCCGGUCUAUACUAUUCAACCACAAACCUCCAUCUUGAACACUGGCAUGUCGGCCGCUACCACGACUCCUUCACAACUGUUGUUCUCUUUUGCUGAUCCGAAUGAUUGUGUGGUUACGGAAGAAACGGAUGAUCAACAGCAGCAACAGUCUGAAGUGUUGUUGGAUUCACAAACAGAUGUGGUCACUAAUGUAGUCCUUGAAUCAACUGCUGCAUCGAACCUGGUGGGCGAGACGUCGGGUGUUGCAAUUGAAACGGUAGGCAAACCGACGGUUUCUGAUGUGAUUUCCGUUUCCUCAAGUGACUUGCACUUUUCUUCUCAGUCAGAUUAUGCAGCUCAUCCUCGAGACGCGAAUAGAGUGGACACCGAAAGGCAGCUAGAUAUCUCCAAUGGUGUAGUGGUUACCGAACCGACUAAUUGA